AUGGAGAACCCUCCGUCCAUUUCCCUCGUGGAUAAUACCGUCCCAUCGCAACCCACCGGCGAGAGAGCUACACGGCGCACAUCCACCCUCAAUCAGCGAGGGAGCCUGACGAAACACCUGAGCCGUGUAUCCGUCCAAAGCCAGCUCAAAAAACGGAAAUACGCAAAAUGGCAACCCGAUAGGCUCGGUAUCGCGCCCGAGACAAAUGACUCGCUCAGCCGAGAAUCGUCCCAGGUGCGCGGAGGCUCCAUCUCAGCAAGCUCUACCGGAGAAAGCAGCGGAGGCAGAGAUUUCGAGAUAGCUGACUUUGCUCCAUCGCGAGUCUCGACUAUCAAUGACAGCGGCACUGGCCAGGUGAACGGAACAGAAGAUCAAAUCAACGGCCGCGAGGACACAAACCGGCGCUCGGAAAUGGAUAUUCUUUACGAGAACCAGCGAGGCUGGUUCGUUCUUGGUGUCCCACAUUACUCGCACAGCUCGCUGUUGAACUUUGAUCCCAGCCCCUGGAUGACACAGGAUCGCAGAGCUAGUCCUGUUGAUAUCACGAAUGCCCAGCUGCCUGACCCAAGUUGGGAAUGGACAUGGAAGACAUGGUAUGUUGACAUGUCUGGUGAUACCGAUGAGCAAGGGUGGCAGUACUCUUUUUCGUUUUCGUCGUCUUCGUGGCAUGGUACCCAGCCGUGGUUUCAUUCGUUUGUCCGGAGAAGACGGUGGGUGAGACUACGGACCAAGGCCCUUGCACGGCGGAACCUUGGUCGCUCUAACUUUGAGAACUCACAUUUGCUUACUGAGGACUAUUUUACCAUCCAUUCGUCCAAGGCAAGAAGUCGGGAGCAGAGUACUGCGGGACUGUCCCGGGUAGAAUCUGGAUUCUUGAAUCAUGUGAGCAUGACGGUUGAUGAGGAGCCACAUGUUGAUGAGAUCGGGGAUAUACCCAGUUUGAUGCAUGCUUUGAAAUUAGCUUCCAUUGAUCGAGAGAAAAUUGAUGCGCUGAAGAAAUUCAUUGAGGAUGGAGGCGAGGAACUUUUUUAUCUGAACGACAAGGUGAGCUUCGCGAUUUUCCCUACUCUGUAUGUUGAGACCGGGCUAAAACUCCACUUUGGCGGAUACCAGAUACCAAAAAUAAUGCCCAUGUUCCUCUUCCAGACCUCCCGCUGGCAAUUUAUGACAUAUCUUUCUCGUGUCAUUCGUGAGCUGUCCAAAGCUCCCACCGGUUCUGACAAAGACGCCGAUGCAAUCCAACGCAAGAAAGAUAAUCUCACUCGUGCCGCAGAAUCUUGCAAGCAUCAUAUUACCGGACCGGACGUUUUCAAAGACGAUCAUGGCGAGUCAGGGACGGAACUGUUAGACUUGACUCCGGUAGCCAAGCAUGAUACACUACUGGCUAAGCGACCAGUCUUGGAGGAGCGUGCGAGUUCGGUGAAGCAGAUUUUCAGGGGCAUUCCCAAAGCUGCUGAGAUUGACCAUGAAGGUCACAUUUAUUAA